GCGCAAGCGCGUUCACUCCGCUCCUUAACACGGGCGAAGAGUACCACAUUGCUGCAGCUCUGACCAACGAUCAGUACAAGUGCGUUGCAACGAAUGUGAAGGCUACAGACGAAUAUACUGUUACUCUUGUCUUGCAAAGCCCCCCUCGGAUAGUGUUCAUCCUCCGAACAGCCCCUCCUACUCAGGUGUCGAAGGCGAUGUGGCCAUGAGACUGUUGUGUGUCGCUCGUGGGUUCCCCACCCCUACCGUCCGUUGGGAAAUCGACGGCAAAGUUGUUGGCACAGACAAAUCAAAGGGCCUGUACGUGGAAAACAACGGCCUUAUUCUGCGGAACCCCAAGGAAAUCCACUCCAGCGUCAACUCUCACUACGUUUGUCGCGCCAAGAAUGACCACGGUGAAGCUGUUCAACCAUAUGAAGUUACUAUUUCAAAAUUCGUCGAUUCUGAUCACGCUAAUGGUAGCCACUUCGGUUCUCUAGAACAUCCAUUCGAUUUUACCUGCCCACUGCCCUAUACUGACCCCAAAUCAGUGAGAUGGUUCAAGAAUUUCACUCACUAUAUGAGUGGCCCGACCAUACAUUUCGAUCAUCCGACGGACAUCGACAGUGGUAACUACACCUGCCGUGUAAGCGACAUGAACGGCGCUGUCUCUCACACUGUUGAAAUCAUUUUUGGGUCUCCGCCUAAAAGAGAUCAAGUAUCAUUCAACGUUAACUGGAGUGGAGAGCAAUGGAAGAAAAUCUCUUGUUAUUCCAAUGAAAGGCCGUUAGGAAAGUACGAAUGGCUUUACAACGGGAAGAAAAUAGAAGGUGCGCGUGGGCAAUCCCUGCUGCCGAUCGGUUGGGGACAAUACACUUGUAAAAUCACUCACCCGCUCGGAAACCUGGUUCUCGAUUUUAAAGUUAAAACAAAGAAUAAGGAAUGUGGGAUGCCAAUAUCAUUUUUGAAGUCUGAACAUGCACCUCUUGUGUUGGACUCGUCUCUAACAUGGCUUGCCACUUCAAUCAGCGGACAAUAUUUAAUGUUGCCACACUCUGAAAAACUACAGUUAAUUUGCCAAGAUGAAAAAUCAUCGUCAAACGGCUUUACUAAAUUCCCUGUAUCAAAAUCGAUUUACGCCACUUGUGAUAAAGAAGACUCUUUCUUAGUUGAAGGCAAGCCUCAGAAAAUAUCUGAACUGAACUGCAAAAAUAGCGUAACAUCAAGUGUACGUAAAACUGGAAGACCAUGCUUGGGUGCACACACGGAAUUGAUGGAAGUUGGAUUCCAUAUUAAUGGCUUCACCAACGUUUACCAAUCUUGCGUAGAUACCGCCAAAAAUGUUCCUUUGUACACUAAAAUGAAUACAAUCGGCAUCAAGAAGGAGUCUAAUGGAAAAGUUAAGGCGGUUAAAAGAACUUGUGUGGGCAAAUGUUGCUAUGAAAAGAUACAGUUAGUGAACGCUGAUGACGUCAGUUUUGGUCCAGCAGAAAAGGCAACAUUCAUUGAUUAUCUCAACUCUGUGCCAUAUUGCAAGCCGAAAAAUAACACUGAUUGGCAUGCUAUAGAAGAGAUAAGUCGGGAAAGAGCGGAGAGUGAACUAUUCACUGUAUGGUCUGGAGCUACAAACUACGAACAAGUAGGCGGGAUUUGGACACCCAAGUAUUUAUGGAAGGUAAUAAAACAGAUGGACACAUCAGAGACGAUGGUGGUGGUCCACCAGAACACGGAGCCAGCUGGACCGAAGUUGUGUUCCGGAACAUGUGGCGAGGAGGUGGUCUGGUUCGAGCCUGUGGGCGACCGCACUUACUGCUGCAGUGUGGACGACUUUAAGAAAGCGUUCGGUGUAGCCAUUGAUUUUAAAUAGAUUUUAAAUAUAAACGCCAUAUGUUGAUGAAACAUAUAGCAGAUUACUUUUGUGUUUGAUCCAGAAAAAUCAUUUCAGUCACAGUGUGACUAGUAAAACAUAAAUUUAAUGUAUUGUUCAACAAAAGUAAUUUCCGUAUCGAUUUCUUCUAAUAGCUUUUCAAAGUUGUUAGUGAGCUGUUCUUAUGUAACUAUAUAGUGAUCCAGAAAAUAUUAUUAUUAUUUUUCCACUGAUCUCUAUCCAGUGCUAUGUCUGACCAUUCCUCCAAGAAGGAGUCCAGUUCAUCCCUCCAUCGCCGGCGGGAUCUGCCGGAUCCCCGAUCAGAGUUGUUUCCCGGAUCCAGAAAAUAAUUUUCAUUAAAUAUAUUUCUAUCAUACCAUACGACCAUUUUCUAACUCUGUGAUUUGGUACCUAAAUUUAUACUCGGGUUAUAUGCUGUUGAAUAUUUGCUUUCAAUAAAAAAUACAUAAUAAAAA